AUGUGUGACUUUGCUCAUCAGAUCAGCCUUGAAGGCACAAAUUGGCACUUAAAUCCUCCUCGAGCACCACAUCAAGGUGGAAAAUGGGAAGCUGGUGUUAAAUCAAUGAAACAUCAUUUAUCAAGAAUCAUGGGAGCAACUCUAUAUACGUAUCAUCAACUUGACACACUAGUUAAACAAAUAUCAGCUCAACUCAACUCAAGACCUCUUUGUCCAAUGACAAAUGAUCCAAAUGAUCUAGAAGCAUUAACGCCUGGACAUUUCUUGAUAGGUAGAGAAAUGAAUGCCAUACCUGAGGGUCAAUUGCUUGAUGUUAAUGAUGGUAAACUAUCAAAAUGGCAAUUGAUACAAAAACAUAGUCAACAAGUAUGGAAUCAAUGGUCGAAUGACUAUAUUAAACAAUUCCAUGUACGUACCAAAUGGUGUACGUCUAACAACUCAAUACAACUCAACUCAAUGGUAAUAAUGAUGGAUGAAAGAGUUCCACCAACUAAAUGA